AUGGAAUCAGGGGCUGGACGGGGGAACCUUCGCCCCCUGUGGAUGAAGUCCUCAGCAGACGUCCCGGGUCUGGAGACGUGGGAGCAGAGAGAGGAGACACAGCUCAGCGUGGAGAUCUGCACCAUGGGAGUCAAAGAGGACGACUGUAGCUACAAGAGAGAAGGUGACGAACCCGACCUCCUGCAAACUGAAGGAAAGAGAAGAAGCUUCAACAGCCUCCACGUGACCUCGAGGACAGAAACCUCGCCGGACGACCUGGAAUCUGCUUCCCUCGGUGACAGCGCUGUCAGUGCCGGCGGUGAUGGAGUGAAGAGGAGUCAGGAGGUGCCGAGCUGUGAGGAGGACGAAGAGGAGGGACACCUGGUCUAUCACGUCGGCCUCGUGAUGAACGGAAGAUACGAGGUGGUUUCUACUCUGGGAGCUGGAGCCUUUGGAAAAGUGGUCGAGUGCAUCGAUAGAGAAAAAGACGAGCACGUGGCUGUGAAGAUCGUGAAGAGCAUCGAGUGUUACCGGGAAGUCGCCCGGUCGGAGAUCUCCGUCCUGGAGGAGAUCAACAGUCUGGAUGAGGAACACAGAUUUGCCUGCGUGCGGAUGCUGAACUGGUUCCAGCACGAAGGUCACAUCUGCAUCGUGCUGGAGCUGCUCGGCCUCAGCACCUUCGAGUUCCUGAGACAGAACCACUUCCUGCCCUUCAGCGUGGAGCAGAUCCGCCACAUGGCCUUCCAGAUCUUCAGAGCCGUGUGCUUUCUGCACCGUAACAAACUGACCCACACGGACCUGAAGCCAGAGAACAUCCUGUUAGUUUCCUCCGACUGCGAGUUCAACGACGAGGAGGAGAGGAAACUGAGGAGUCUGGAUGUGAAGGUGGUGGAUUUCGGCACCGCCACGUUUGACCAUGAACACCACGAAUCCCUGGUGUCGACACGGCACUACCGAGCUCCAGAGGUCAUACUGGAUCUGGGCUGGAACCAUUCGUGUGAUGUUUGGAGUCUGGGCUGCGUCCUCAUGGAGUUUUACCUGGGACGCACACUCUUCCAGACCCACGACAGUAAAGAACAUUUGGCCAUGAUGGAGAAAGUCCUGGGACCGAUUCCCCCGCAACUGCUGAAACAGACCAAAAAGCAGCAUUACGUUCACAACGAGCAGCUGAACUGGGACGAGAGAAGCUCCUCUGACGAUCACAUCUGGAAACACUGCAAACCACUGAAGCAGUUCAUGGAGAGGAAGAGCGAGGAGGAGCGGCAGCUGUUCGACCUGCUCGGCUGCAUGUUGGAGUACGACGUGUACCGGCGCAUCACCCUGGAGGAGGCGCUGUGGCAUCCGUUCUUCAGCCCCAUGAGGACACAGGGGCCCCAGCGCAGUUAA